CAGGAGGCUGAGUGAGCAGAGAUGCAAGUAGCCCUGCUAUCAUUAGCAGUUUCGCUACUGAGGUAACUCCAGUUAACAGCCGGCGUUUGCUGUGUUUUUACAUUUUUAAAACAACCAAACCAGUCGUACCACGCGUUUUCCUGCCAGCACGACGACCAGUCACUCCAGAACCUUUCCACUCCCUGAGCGCUGAAGAUGGAGGAGGACCAUGUUCACUGCAUGUCCUGUAUCAACCAGAGAUGCACGGUCAGACCUGAACCAGGGGUUUCCUGUGACCUUGUCAACUGUCCCUUGGUGUGUGGGGCCGUAUUUCACUCCUGCAAAGGUGAUGAGCACCAGCUCAUGUGUCCGCUGAUGAGGAUUCCCUGCCUGAACAGUGGCUAUGGCUGCCCUGCCACCAUGGUGCGCAAUCAGAUGUACGCCCACCUGGAAGUGUGUCCAGCUGGAGUGGUGUGCUGCACUAUGGAGUGGAACAGAUGGCCUGUUAGCUGCCUGGACUACACUUCCUAUGAGAGCCUGAGCCGUGGGGUGGAGGAGGUGGAGCAGCUGGACAUGGCACUCGCUCUACAGGACCAGCGUACACUGCUGGAGUCCCUCAAGGUGAUUGCAAUGGCACCUACGGCCGAAGGAGGGCCGCUUGUUCCUGUUAGUAAUCAGAACAGGGCAACACACUCAGCUAUGCUAGCAUCUGCUUCUACCGAGUCACCUUCACAGUCCUCACAUCAGCCACAACCGCCACCACCAGGGUCGGCAAAAGAGAAAAUUCUUAGUGGAAUUAAUGGCUUGAACGAGGAGCACUAUAGCAAACUGUACGAGGCCACAGUGGAGACUGCAAGAAGCUUAGCUGCAGCUUUGGACUUUGUUAGCAAUGCUGGCUCCAGUGAAAGCAACACAGAGUGUGUGAACAGAGGAGCUGCUGUGCAGAGACGGAGACUUAGCGGCAGUGGAGACCUUCAGAAUGGUCUGGAAGACAAAAUGAUUGUAGAUGCUGAUGGUUUGCACACAAGAGACAUGAUGGAGCAAAGUGUUUGCUCGAGUUGUUUGAAUGGAAAUGGGCCUCUGAAAGGAGCAGAUGUAAAGGUGAUAAACACAGCCAAUGGGCCGUUGUCAGGAGCAACAGCCUGUCCUGUUGAGGUGCAAGAUAAUGACAUGGAUGUUUCUCAGGAGCCAGUGUCCCCUCAAAUGACAUCUCCAGUGCCUAUCGGCCAGGCUGUGGCUCAGAGGGCUGGUCAUGUGGUCCUGGAAGACAGAGGGCAAGUUCUUACUGAUAACUAUGCACCUGAGAGAAAGUUCCACAGCUACCAGUUUUUCAGAGGCCAGGGCCAAUGUUCAUUAUCCAAUGGACGGAUAGGUAUUAUGCCAGACAGGUCACUAUGCAGAGUUCGACCAGAAAUGGAGGACAAGGCAGCGGAUACCUCAGACUUAGAGCAGGAUGACGAUCCAAUGGGUCUAGGUGAGAUUGAUCUGAUCACAGCAGCCCUACUUUUCUGCUUAGAAGAGUCCAGAGAGUGUCGAAGGAUCUCUGACACAGUCUAUGUCGACGGUUACCAUGUUGACUUUGGCACACAGACCUUUACAUUUCCUGCUGCGAUUUUGGUGACCAACACAAGAGUCGGUGACAUGGCGUCUGCGUCUGCCUGUGACCACGCUGCCCCUCAGCUCACCUACCCCAGCCCUUUCCGCACUCUCCGCCUCGGCCUGGUCCUGGAAGCCCUGGAGGUCGAGGCCGUGCCGCAUAACCGCUACCUCCCUCCUAACCCCCGCUACCAGCACAUGUUCCCCUUCGUCUGCGGUCAGUCAUUUCGCCGGGACCAGUUUUCUUCCCAUUUCACAAAUGUCCACGGCGACAUUCACGCAGGUCUCAACGGUUGGAUGGAGCAACGCUGCCCUCUGGCGUAUUACGGUUGCACGUUUUCCCAGCGGAGGUUUUACCCGUCCGCUAAGGGGGCCAAGGUGGUUCAUGACAGGCACCUCAGGUCCUUUGGGGUUCAGCUUUGCCCAAAGGUUAACCCUCCAAGUGACUCCCAGCCUGACCAAUUUAGCGGGCUGCCCAUUGAGAUACUGUGGCACAUAACGGGGUUCCUGGACAGCUUCAGCUUGUGCCAGCUGUCGUUGGUGUCACGAACUAUGAGGGAGGUGUGCGCCAGUCUCCUCCAGACCAGGGGCAUAGUGGAGGUGCAGUGGGAACAAAGACAACGCCCCGGUUCUCAUGGCACUGUGUCGUGGCAGAUGAAGAACACGGUGUGGCGAUUCAGCACUGCCUUCAGCCCCGUGACGUCGUGGGGCUUCACCGAUGUCCCCAGCAUGUCGGACCACCUUAAGAAGUGCCAGUUCAACGUGGUGGAGCACAAGACGGAGCCGAUACCCCUCCCUGCCAUGUGCACCGCACGAGAUGGACUCUCACUGCGUCGCGUCCUGCGCCACGUUAACACCUGACCAAACGAGGCCGACCUCUCCCAGCUGCACGAGAUUCACUGUGUUAUUCUGUGGACGUUGCAAUUACAGAUUUUCAGUUUGGAAAUAAAUGAACUCUUCCUGCAUUACGCUAUAUUAUGAAGAAGCCUUAAUGAAAUAACACUUUACCUGCCAGCGCUGUUGGUGCAAGUGGUCCAAGUGGAAAAAUGAAUAAAUUAAGCACUCGGCUUUGCAUGGAUUUGUGCUGAAAAUGUGCCCUUUACCUUUUACGACAAAGUAUAUUUUCUUGAAGACAAAUAUGCACAGCAGAUUUCUAUUAUUCUAUAUGAUGUACUAAAGUGGAAUUUCAAUGUGUUCACUAUUCUGCCUUUCACUAGUAGCCAUGGGGAAAAGCACAUUGUUGGUUAAUUGCAUUAUUUCUGUGUAUCAGAAGUUCUGCCAGCACUUUGCACAAUAUUUACUAAUCAGUCAGUUUACAGUGACCCUAAAUUAUGUGUUUUUCUCUGAUCCCUGCAGAACGUGAAUAUGUAAGAUAUCAGGACGUGAGUCGAAACAGAUGGAAACCCCCAAAAUGCAUGUAACUUGCUACCAUUUAAUAAAGAAUUUACAGCUUUUUGCAUA